GACACCUUGCUUGCCUUGUUUUUGUUUCUGGGGGGAACCUUUUGAACGAAGGACGCACUAAAGGCGGAAGUGUCCAUUGUGGGGUGUUUUUUUUUGGCAUUCAAAAAUGAUUCACUCGGGCUUAUUCUUGUAAAAGCCGCCCAUGACGGACUUUUCAGCCUUACUUAAUGAUGACGAGCUGGAUGAUGAGGAGCGCCCCUUCCCCUCCGGAUCCCUCCCGCCCAUCACCGCGCUCCUGCCCGAGCUGCAGCGGCGUUUGAUGGGCCAACCCCCGGACCCCAGCCUCCCUGUCCACCGGGUGGGCUGGAUCUUCCGAUCGGCCGAUCCCCAUUGGUUGCUGGGGCCAAUCGAUGGGCCAACCCGGUUGGAAGCGGCGUACGUCUCUGUCGUCUGCGCUCUGAUCGGCCGCGCUUCCCUGCUGCCAUGUGACGUCACCAAUGCCGGACCCCCCGCGCUACGUCACUACGCCGACGUGCCCGCUGUGGCCGGUGCCCUGCAAGCCCUGCUGGCUAAACUUCAGGCAGCGGGCCCGGACCGCCGAGCCCGGGCUGUGACGCUGGCCGUGGCGCCGCACGUUUGCGUGUUUGCCGCCACGCACAUGCAGGAGCGCUCUUGGACGAGCCGCGCGUCGAGAGAAGCGUCUCGCGGUCUGGAGUCGCAGUUGCUGGCAGCGGGAGGCUGGCAAGACUCCGCCCACAUGCUGGCAGGGGGCGGGCCUGACGCCGAGGCGGGUCUCCUUGGGGCGGUCCUGGACGUCUUGCAGCCCGCACUCGGCAGGGAAGCGCGGCAGCGAUGCGACGAGAUCGACGAGGUCGACUCGGUGUUCGCGUGGACGCUUUUCCAGGUGCAACGCCCCUUCCUGGCCUCUCAGCUGCCCCGCCUCCUGGGCCCCGCCCUCCUCCUCAGCGACCACCAUGAGGCAAACAAGUGCAUGCUGGGAAUUCGCUGCCUGCACCAUAUUGUCAGCAACACGGCUGCCAGCGAGCUGCGCGCGUUGAACCGGGCUGACGUGAUGUACGAGGCGCUGUUCAAACAUCUGCACGGCUCAAACGCCGACAUCAUGCGGCUGGCGUUGUCGUGCCUGUUGGACGUGCUGGCCGUUUUGGAGAACCCCCCCUCGGCGGCCGCGCGCCCCGCCGCCUCGACGGGCCGCCGCCGGACGGCCCGUCGCCACGACGACGUGCUGCGUCUGCUUCUCACGCGCAUGGAGGCCGAACACAAGGUGGCGCUCAGGAGGGUCUACGCGCAGGCGCUGCCGAGCUACCUGCAAAGGAUGGGAGUGUGCGCGUGUCGCCACUUGGGGCGUCUGAGUCGCGUGGUGCCGGGCUACCUGGAGGUCAGCGACCCCCCCGAAGAGCUCGCGAGACUCGACACGCUCGAAGCCCUCCAGCAACUCAUUACGGCGGCGUGGCCACGGUUAGCGGGUAGCGUCAACCUGUGGCUGCCGUGUUUGCUGCGCCUGGUGGUGGACACUUCGUCCGAGGCGAGCCUCCGCCGCGACGUCGCCCGUCAGCUGAGCCGCCGGGCCGCUCGAUGCCUCGCGCUGCUGGACGCCGCCGCCCACGGACACUUGCAGUGUGCGCUGGAGCAGGUGGACGCGAGCUGUUGUGCUCCCGAGGUGGCGAGUUGCCUGGCAACAAUCACCGCGGCGAAGGAGAAGAGCUGAUCCCGUCGGACGUGAGCCGUCGGCGUCCCACGUUCCAAGUCACGCGUGCGCUCCGCAUCCUGUUUCCUCCCGCCGCACUUCAAAAAGAAGUUUGGGACGUUCGCAGCCAAACGGCGAGUUUGCACUGAGCGGCGUUUCCUCAUAGACGUCAUUGCUGCGGUGUAGCACUCGGAUCAGAUAGCGACACUCAGCGCUACACACACACACACACACACACACACACACACACACAAAUAAGGAAAAGAGGGCUGAAAAGUGUUUUGAAGUACACAAAUGUAUCAUGUAAUAAAGUAAACCCCAACCCCCC